CAGAAAGAACAAAAGCGUUUUUCUUUUCUUUCUUUGUAUUUUCUUUGCUUGUAUUAAUUGGGAACUUGAAAACGCUUAACCUACAUUUGAAAAACACCUUGCUUCCUUUACUUUCCGUUUUCCGGUUCCAGAACGCGCUUCAUCACCUUACGUUCAGGCGUCUCUCAGAUCAUCCGGGAAACCCCACAAAAAGAAAAUUAACCUCUUGAUCAGUUUCACGUUUAUUUCAAUAAAAUUCUCCAAUUUUCCGUUUUUUUUAAAUCAAGAACGACUGUAUUUUUCAACCCCGGGAUUUGCCAUUACUUAAAAAUCGUUUCUUCGAUAAGAGUAUCAUAAAAAAAUUGUUAUUUUUGGGAGAGAUUGUAUUAAAAGAGAAAAAAAUGAUGGGAGGAGGGAAAGGCCGGAAGGAGGAUCCAUUGGUGAUUAACAGCACCAAUGUUUUUGCUGCACUGGGGAGUUUGAAGAAGAAGGGAAACGAAAAGGAAAAACUGGGUUCUUCUUCUAAGAACAAAGGGUUGAAAGGAUUGGGGAAGGAAGCCGAGAAGAAAGAGGUGUUUUGGGCCCCAUCGCCUCUCACGGUGAAGUCUUCUGAUGUUGAUGAGGAAGACGAUGAUGAUUAUGCCUCAUCGGCUCCUCUUGGCUCUGCUUGUGGCAUUCCUAAACAACCUGAGCCUGUUUUAGAGGAAAGUGAAAAUGACAAAGAUGGUCUUGACGAAGUGGACGAUGAUGCUGAAGAAGAACAUGAAAACGAAGCUGAGACUCAGGCAGAAGUGGAGUCGGUUAUUAGCAAGCCUCCUGAACCCUUUGUCGUCAAUAAAGAGGCUGAGAAAACGCUUUCAAAGAAGGAGCUGAAGAAGAAGGAGCUUGAGGAACUUGAUGCUGUUCUUGCUGAGUUAGGACUUACAAAACCAAAGGCAGGUGAUGCGAAUGACUCCCAAGGUGCUGAACAGGGGAAAGAACCAGAGAUCUAUGGGAAAAUUAAAAAGAAAGAGAAUGCUCCUGCUGAGAGCAAGAGUGCCAAAAAGAAGAAAAAGAAGGAUAAAUCAUUGAAGGAGGUGAAAGAAUUACCAUACAUAUGGGAAUUGGGUUUUGUUGUUGUUGUUGUUGUUGUUGUGCCUGAAAGCACUGAUGACAAUGAAAGCGGUGAAACCAACAAGCUGGAACAGUCAUCUCCUGUGGAUGUGAAGGAGAAGCUGAAAAAAGCAGCUCCAGGGAAGAAGAAAAAAUCGAGUAAAGAGAUGGACGCUGCUUCACGUGCUGCUGCGAAUGAGGCUGCUGCAAGGAGUGCAAGGCUUGCUGCUGCAAAGAAGCAAGAGAAGAACCACUACAAUCAGCAGCCAGUGCGGUAAAGUAGCACAGGAGAUUUGGUUUUGCUUUUAUCAUUUUAACCUCAGAUGUGGACAUUUAACCCUCUUCGGUUCGGUUUGUUAAUUUGGAAUAAAACUUCAGUGAAAUUUGAAUAAUUU